UACUACUUCCUUUAACAAGCAGAGACAGCGCUCGUGCUUUCAACGGAUUCUUCUGGAACUAGUUUGACUAGAAAGCGAAAAGCUGAAGAGAAGUGUUGCAGAGAUAUUUUAUUAUUUUGACAAAUAUUAUCUCAACAUGUCUGCGCGACCCGAUGAUCACCGAAGAAAAUGGAAUCGGGAGGAGUAUGAAAGGAUCGCGUUGCAAAGACUUCAAGAUGAGAUCGCGGAAGAAGAAUUGGGAAUUCCCAAGCAGCCAGCGGUCAAACGAGAAUUGCUGAAACAGAGAGAUUACAAGGUAGACCUAGAAUCUAAACUGGGAAAGAGUGUGGUCAUCAACAAGAAUACUCCGUCGUCUCAAACUGGAGGGUACUAUUGCAAUGUCUGUGACUGCGUGGUCAAAGAUUCUAUCAAUUUCUUGGAUCAUAUCAAUGGAACAAAACAUCAACGUAAUCUGGGCAUGUCCAUGAAGGUAGAGCGAUCUACAUUGGAUCAAGUUAAGGCAAGAUUCACUCAAAACAAGAAAAAACUCGAAGAGAAGAAGAAGGAUUACGACUUGGAGCAAAGAGUAAAAGAAUUGAAGGAAGAGGAAGAGAAGAUUAAAGAAUACAGAAAGGAAAAGCGGAAAGAUAAGAAGAGAAAGAUCGAAGAGUUGGCCGAGGACGAUGCGGGACCGUCUGACGAAAUGGCUGCGGUUAUGGGAUUCUCCGGCUUUGGCUCGAAAACGAAGUGACAAACCGUGUCGAAUAAAUGUUCGUGAACAGGUUUCGCAAUCUUCGAUGCGAAUGGUAUUUCCCCGGGAAAGAUGAUGAAUACGAUUGGAAGACAAGUGGAAACAGCUUUUAACUCCAACCGGUGGAAUUUAUGGAGAUGAUUCGCGAAUGAGCACAUUUAUCAAUGUUAUUUUCACUUUUUCCAAACUUCCGCGUUGGUUUGAGAGAGAACGCUCCAUCCGACCAAUGUGAGCGUAACAAAAUCUCAGAUGUAAAUUAUUUUAAUAUAUUCGCGAGGCAAAUUGCAUAAUGUUAUCUCCGUGUGAGCUCUCCUUCACGAAAGUACGAGACUUAAGCAUGCAACUUUAGCAUAUAAUUGACGCGAAAGAAAAAUCUGUGUACACUUUACGCGCGCAGAAAUAAAACUUGUAAAUUGAUCCAAA